AUGGCCGAACACGAGGUACAGAUGGAUGAGGGCGACGAUAUCUACGAGCCCGAGGAGCCCAAGGCCGAGGAUGCCGAGCACAAGGAGACAUCUCCCAAGGCCGACGAGCUCGAGGAGGGAGAAGAAGAGGAUGAGAGCGGCGCCAUGGAUGAGGAUGACGACGACUCUGAUAUAGACAUCAUCACGGAGCGCAAAGACGGCACCAAAGCCGCCCCUCCACCACAAGCCAAGUACAGCGAAAUCCGAAACAUACCCCAGCGUUCGACGUCUACAGACACUCCCGUGAAACCUGCGCCGGCCAAGAAAGACGAUGCACCACGAACGUCAACCAGCGCAGCCAACGUGGCAGCGCCCAGUGCAGACCAGACAUCCGCCGCGGCGUCAAAGUCGACCAUCGAUAUCAACGCCAACCCCGUAUAUGCCGCCGCCGGCAAGCCCAUAACACAGGUCAACAUUGACGAAGAUCUCCCCGAUAACGAAAAGCCUUGGCGAAAACCAGGAACGGACAUUAGCGAUUACUUCAACUAUGGCUUUGACGAAUUCACAUGGGCCCUGUACGCCGCCAAGCAAGAGAGCAUACGGGGCGAGUUUGGCGCCGACGCCUUUGCCGCCAACAACAAGAAGAUGAUGGAGGACUUCAACAAUAUGAUGAUGAUGGGAGGCAUGAAUAUGCCUGGCUCCGCGGGCGGCAACGGCGGCGGGGGAAUGCCCGGCAUGGACGGAAUGCCCCCGGAGAUGCAGGCCAUGAUGCAGCAGAUGAUGGCCUCGGGCAUGGACCCUUCUCAGAUGGACCCCAGCCAGAUGAAUGCCAUGUUCUCCGGGAUGCAAAACGGCAUGGGCGGCGCCGGACCCCAAGGAAACCAGGGCCAGAGCUUCGGCGGCUUCGGCGGCAACCAAGGUGGCUACGGGUUUGAUCAAGGCAUGGCUGCCGGGGGCGGCGCCGGCGGGCGGGGAGGGUUUGGAGGUGGUCGUGGACGCCGUGGGCGAUGGUAG